CAUCAAGGUACAAAUGUGCUGUGAAAUCCAGUGAUCGGUCGGCUCAUGGGCAUGUCUAAGUAACGACUCCUCUCACUUCAGAAUGUAUAUAUCCGGUUUUACAGGGACUCCGGUUACAAAAUUGUUAAUCGGGUCAAUCAUCGCCUCCGCCGUCGCCGUCAGCAUCUUCGACGUCAAAUACCUCGUCCCCCUCCAAGUGAUCCCACACAUCUGGGAAUAUGGGCAAAUAUGGCGGUUCCUUACCUGGCAAGGCGCAUAUUUAAAUAGUACCGAAGUGCUGUUUGCUGUCAUAUCCAUUUAUCAGAUUCGAGUGGUGGAACGGCUAUGGGGGAGUAGAAAGUUCGCGUCUUUUCUCCUCCUAACUCUCCCAUACACCACCCUCUUACCACCCUUACUCCUCCUCCUCAUCCUCCGCCCCUUCUCCUUCAACACCCUCAAUCUCCUCCCCGCCGGGCCCACCGCCAUCCUCUUCGCCCUCCUUUCCCAAUACCACUCCGCUAUCCCCCACACCUACAAAUACAACCUCUCCACCUCCCUCUCCCCCUCCCCUCCCCACCCCGAACCCGAACCGAAAUUAACCUCCAAAUCCAUCACCUACCUCACUUCCCUCCAGCUCCUCGCCCCUAACUUCCCCUCCUCCCUCCUCCCUGCCCUCAUCGGCUGGUCCGUCGGAAACCUCUGGCGCGCAGACGCCUUACCGGGCGUCAACACCGCUUCCCGAAUCCCAUGGUGGUUGCUCCCCGCCUCGUCGCGCCCACCGUCCGCCAUGGCGCCCUCGGAUCGCAUCCCGGCCGCAUCAACUUCCAGGGGUAGUUGGACCUCGUGGAUCUGGUCCGUGCUUCCGGGGACUCGCGCAGCGGAGAGGAGGGAGUAUGAGGGGCUGAGGAGAAGGAUGGAAGCGGAGGCUUCGGCAACGGGGGAGGGGUCGGGG